GCUGGGUUUUUAUUUUUAUGGAUCAUACAGGUGCAUUUGGCUCUGGGAAAAGCAGAGCAGAGGAUCCAGUAGUUGGGGGCAACCUGCUUUUGACAUAUACAACUGGCUAUGUUGCUCCACUUCUUCUUGCUGCUUCUUUUGCUGGAGCGUUGCAGAGUCUGCUGUCAUUCCGGAAGUUCUCAGCUUGGAUCAACCCCACCAGCGGAGCGCUGCUGUUAGGAGGGGGAGUAUACACUUUCUUGGAUAGGCUCUUCCCAGUUUCAAUGUAAAUGUAGGAGUACAGAAUACCCCACGACAGGAGCUUUAAGGUUAUAAAAUAGCACGGUAUUUUCCUUUUUUACUUUCAGCUGUUUCCUGCCAUCUGGUUAUGCGAAAGCAGGAUGAAGCUGGUAACAUAUUUAUCCAUCAAACAUCAUUUUCAUAUCUAACCCUCUUAAUUGCAUUGCCCUAAUUUUCCAUAUCAUGAAUUAAUUGCAAUGACAGAAGCAUGUUCAAGAACUAAUGAUAGUGGACCUCUUGGGUCCUUGCCUCCUUGAUAUUUUCUGACUGAACCUGAAGACAGAACAGAACUGCCGGCAGCCAUGCAGGUUUUGGAUGGAGUAUCAAAAUAGCCAGUAAUUUUGGUCACAGAAUUAAGGGGCCGCUGGUUGGGGAGGGAGAAGGAUCUACGUGGACUGUCACGGUGCCACCCAUAAUGCUGUUGGGAUGCGUAGAGGAGGCAACGCCGAACCAGAUAAGAUAAGGUCAUCGGCAAACGUAAGAGAUGAGUCCAUGACAUAAGGGGGAAAAAGUGGCGGUUUGCAGGCUGCAGCACAAGAAUCAAUUCCAUCUUUGCCAGGUUUGCUUUCUGCCCUGGAAGACAGAUGGUAACAUUUUCCGGUUACAGGCAGAAACCCAACUGAAGAGAAUUAAGAGGUAUGACUUCCUGUUCUGGUUCGGUCACAUCCAUUUCAUUUAUUGCCCAUGUGGGAAGUAGUAAGUGCGAUUAUCCAGCAAUGGUUCAGGAGUUGG